AUGGCGACCAAGACCGAAAAGAAGCUGUCAGAGUACGUGAUCCAGCGGAAAGGGAUCCUUGUAGUGCAGAAGGCAGUGGAGAAGUUUGCGGAGAAUUUCGAUUGCGAUCGGGAUGCCUGCCAAAUUCCAAUUCGCCUCGAUUCAUUGGACCGGAUCUACAAGGAGUUCCUGGAGGUACAAGGACAGAUCGAGUUGUACGAUAAGCCGGAGAUGUUGGAUACCCAUCUGGAAGAGAGAAUGGAUUUCGAGACGCGUUAUUGUACAGUGAAAGGAUUUCUGCUGUCCAAUCGUGCUACGGACCUCAACCCAACCAUGCUGAACAGCACAAUGGCGGCACCUGUUCAUGCUUCGUCCUCGUUCCAUCUACGAUUACCCAAGAUCGAUCUUCCCAAGUUUAACGGUGAUUUUUCGCGUUGGCUCGCAUUCCGUGACACGUAUACGUCGAUGAUCCACAGCAAUGCAGAUAUUCCGACGGUUGCGAAGCUGCAGUACUUGCUGCAGUCGCUGGAGGGAGAAGCCCGAAAACCAUUCGAGUCCGUAGACAUUGAAGCGGACAACUACGCAUCGACUUGGGAAGCAUUGCUAAAGCGGUACGACAACAAGCGGUUCCUGAAGCGUCAGCUCUUCCGUGCUCUGUACGACCUCCCACCGGUCAAACGAGAGAACCCUCCAGAAAUCCAAGGAUUGGCUGACGAUUUUCACCGGCAUGUGCGGGCUUUGGCAAAGUUAGGCGAGCCAGUCCAUUAUUGGGACACCCCAUUGGUCAACCUCCUUUCCUACAAGUUGGAUCCAACUACGCUACGUGCUUGGGAGGAAAAAACCAGCAAUAACGACGACGUUACCUAUGAUAUGCUGAUCGAGUUCCUCUACCAGCGUGCCCGAAUGCUGACGUCUGUCGUAACUGACCUACAGUAUCGGUCCCAACAACCGGUUAUAGCCAAGGUGGCCGGUCCGAUUCCAACCCCGAAGCCGUUCAAGGUGGCGUACAAGGCAGCUACCGUUGAACCGAACUACAGUGCUCCCUCGUGCCUCGCUUGUCCAGAGAAGCAUUUCCUCUUCCAAUGCCCUGCAUUUUCCGAGGUGUCCGUCCGCCAGCGCCGUGAGCUGGUUUCCCAAAAGCGCUUAUGCUGGAAUUGCUUCCGUACUGGACACCAAGCCCGGAACUGUACCUCCAAGUUCUCUUGCCGUUACUGUCACGAAAAACACCACUCCCUGCUGCACGAGUCAGAAUCGUCGAAGAUGCUAUCGACUCCUGUUAACGAGGAAGGUCAGCCGAUUCCCUCGACGUCCGCCCACGCUGACCCUUCAAGCUCGGCGAAAUCGAACAGCCAAGUAAGCUUAUCGGUUCAGGCUCAGCAUAGUACAGUUUUACUGGAAACUGUUUCCCUCUUCGUCGUAGGUCAGAAUGGCAAGAAGAUCCCCGCACGCGCACUUCUAGAUUCCGGAUCCAUGUGUAACUUCAUCACCAAGAAGCUUGCAAAUUCCCUGAACCUUCAUCGCACCAAGGUGGAUAUCGCAGUAGCUGGUAUAGGAGAAUCCACCAAGCAGAUUAAGUGCCAAUUAACUGCUAUGAUCGAGUCGAAGUCGACACCGUACUCCACCAAGCUUGAGUUCCUGAUCCUCAAGAGACCGACGGUCAACCUUCCGACCGUUCCGAUCGACAUUUCCGCGUGGAAUCUUCCCAAGUUGUCGUUGGCAGACCCCAGAUUCCACAUCCCAUCCGACAUUGACAUGGUUGUCGGUGGUGAAGCGUAUCAUGAGCUGCAUCCUGGCAGCAAGCGUUCCCUGGGAGAGGGACUACCGUUGCUAAUAGAGACGGUGUUUGGAUGGACUGUUUCCGGGAAGAUAUCCAUCAAUCAUCCCACCAUUCCCCGCAUCUGCCAUCUAACCACUGUCGAUCGAAGCUUAGAACAAGCGUUGCAGAAGUUCUGGGAGCUAGAAGCUGUUGAGCCGUGUUCUGUGUAUUCCGUAGAAGAAAAACAGUGUGAAGAACUUUACGCUACUACCACCACUCGCGAUUCGUCCGGUCGUUAUCUCGUUCGUUUGCCACUCACCCGUGAUCCGCUAGUCAACCUCGGCGAAUCCAGAGCCAUCGCCGAACGUCGGUUUCUGAGCCUUGAGAAGCGACUAGAGCAGGAUCCACCCACCAAGGAUGCAUACUGCAAGUUCAUGGACGAAUACGAACGAAUGGCGCACAUGAAGAAGCUCGUCGAUCCAGUAGACGAUGUGAACCCGCACUGCUACCUCCCGCACCAUCCUGUGUUCAAGGAAUCCAGCACAACCACGAAGGUCCGAGUUGUUUUCGACGCGUCGUGUAAAACAUCGUCAGGAUUUUCCGUCAACGAUAAGCAGCUCGUUGGUCCUGUCGUCCAGGAGGACCUGCUGUCUAUCGUCAUGAGGUUCCGCACACACCCGAUCGCCAUCGUAGCCGACAUCGAGAAGAUGUACCGACAGAUUCAGCUGCAUCCCGAGGACCGACCGCUUCAACGCAUUCUCUGGCGUUCCAACCGCGACGAUCCGCUCAUAUCGUACGAGCUCCAAACCGUUACGUACGGUUUUGCAUCCGCGCCAUUCCUGGCAACUCGCACCCUCCUACAAGUUGCACAGGACGAAGGCGACAAGUACCCCGCCUCCGUAGAUGCUGUGAAGCAGGAUUUUUACGUCGAUGACUUUUUAUCGGGAGCUGACGAUGUCCAAUCCGCAAUCCGCCUUCGCCAAGAAGUUUCCACCAUGCUUACGUCAGCUGGCCUUCCGUUAAAGAAGUGGGCAUCCAAUUCCUCCGAAGUCCUUGCGCAAGUCCCGCAAGAAGAUCUCGCUCUACUACCACUGCAUGAUCUCCAGGACGAACAAUCCAUAUCCACCUUAGGACUCGUUUGGGAGCCGAAGUCCGAUACGAUGCGCUUCAAGGUCCAGUUGCCGUUACCAGCACCCGUCCUGACCAAAAGGAAGGUCAUGUCCUACAUUGCGCAGAUCUUCGACCCACUAGGGCUAGUUGGCCCGACAAUCACCGUAGCGAAGCUGUUCAUGCAGCGCCUGUGGGCAUUGAAGACCGACGCAGGAGAUUCAUACGAGUGGGAUCGUCCGCUGCCUCCGCGUCUACAAGGCGAAUGGAAGGAGUUCCAUGGUACGCUAGAUGCAAUCUCCAAAAUCCGCAUUCCCAGAUUCGUGUCGCAGAUCAAGACCGAAACCAUCCAGCUCCACUUUUUCUCCGAUGCUUCAGAGAAGGCAUAUGGUGCAUGCUGCUACGUCCGUUCUGAGUCAGCUGCAGGGAUUCGUGUUCAGCUGCUAACGUCAAAAUCAAAGGUCGCACCGUUAGCCACCUGCCAAUCGAUUGCGCGCCUAGAGUUGUGUGCCGCUGUGUUGUCGGUUAGCCUAUAUGAGAAGGUGAUGAAGUCCCUUAAGACAUCGUGCGAAGUGUUCUUCUGGGUUGAUUCGACGAUAGUCCUCUACUGGCUACAAUCGUGCCCGUCGCGCUGGAAAACGUUCGUGGCAAACCGAGUGUCCACAGUCCAAUCCUCUACCGCAUCUUGUUCCUGGCAGCACGUUCCCGGAGAAUCCAACCCAGCAGACCUUAUAUCACGAGGUGUCAAUCCAACCGAUAUCGUGAACCUCGAGUUUUGGUGGAUAGGACCGCAAUGGUUAGGGGUUUUGCCACACCAUUGGCCACGCACUGUGCUGCCAGCGUUCGAUUUAUCCACAAUGCCAGAGAGCAAAAGCAAUGUCGCCGUGAUGUCGGUAACGGUAGCCGAACCAUCGUUUUCCGCUCGACUGUUCAGUCGCUACUCCAGCUUUACAAAGCUACGACGUUCCAUCGCGUAUUGGAUGCGAUAUUUCCGCUCUCUACGAGUUGCCGUGCAGAAAACCAAGCCAGAGCCGUUUGACUCGCUUUCAACGGCCGAUCUACGCGAGGCUGAUUUAGCCUUGUGUCGCGUAGCCCAACGGGAGAUGUUCUCCAAGGAGCUCUCUAAAAUAACCAGACGUGAACCCCUUCCCGCAUCGUUAAAGUGGUUGAAACCGACGAUGUAUAAAGAUGGCGUUAUUCGAGUCGGUGGGAGACUCAAAUACGCCGUAGUUUCGGAAGAAAUGAAGCACCCGAUAAUGCUGCUUGCGAAGCAUCCGCUGUCCGUGUUGUUGACCGAGUACUACCACAGCAAUCUGCUACAUGCAGGACCACAACUGACGCUAACUACACUGCGUCAGAAGUACUGGGUGAUUGGAGGACGCGACCUCGUUCGCCGCACGUACCAUCAGUGCCACACGUGUUUUCGCAGCAAGCCCCGUUUGAUCCAGCAAACCGUAGCAGACCUGCCGUCCUCGCGAGUCUCGCCAACUAGACCGUUCUCCGUAUGCGGUGUAGACUAUUGUGGACCUGUCUACAUUAAAUCGCUGAUACGCAACCGUGCACCUACGAAGGCAUACAUCGCAAUCUUCGUGUGUUUCUCCACCCGCGCUGUCCACAUCGAACUGGUUUCUGACCUAUCCACGCCAGCCUUUCUGGCUGCCCUCCGCCGUUUCGUCGCCCGCAGAGGAAGAAUGAGGGAGAUCCAUAGCGACAACGGCACCGCAUUCAAGGGAGCGUCCAAUGCACUCAACCGAAUCCACCACAUGCUAAAGUCCGAUCAGGGUGGACGAAAGCAGAUCCUCGACUGGUGUUCCGAGAAUGAGAUCAUGUGGCGAUUCAUUCCACCUCGCGCUCCGCACUUCGGCGGUCUGUGGGAAGCAGCCGUCAAGUCAGCAAAGCACCAUCUGCUUCGUGAGAUCGGCAGUGUGAAUGUCAGCUACGAGGACAUGAUAACCAUACUCGCCCAGAUCGAGAUGUGUCUAAACUCCAGACCUCUCACUGCCAUACCGUCCGAUCCGUCAGACCUGGAAGCUCUGACCCCAGGCCAUUUCCUGGUAGGAACCAGCCUACUAGCCGUUCCAGAACCGUCGCUGUGCGAUGUACCGGACAAUCGACUGUCGCAUUGGCAGCUCACCCAGAAGCGUGUCCAAAGGAUUUGGGCAAGGUGGUAUCCCGAGUACCUUCAGCAGCUGCAGUCACGAGCCACGAAGCAGCACCCCACAGUCACCAUUGAACCCGGACGAGUUGUGGUGAUCAAGGACGAAUGUCUGCCGCCAACCCAAUGGCCACUUGGAAAAAUCACCCAGGUGCACCCGAACAAGGAUGGAGUCGUUCGCGUCGUCACUCUGAAAACAGCCACGUCCGAUUCAGUUGUCCGCGCAGUCGUCAAACUGGCCUUGCUUCCGACACCGGAAACGCAGUCCACACCGUCAGAUCCCAGUUCAGACGAUGAAUAG